CGUCGCCAUCCGAUGUUAGGAGCCCGGCGAGGUAAGCAAAGAGCCUGGCUGGCGGAGAGCUCCUUCAUCGGAGGUCGCCUACUAUAACAACACCGUACACCGGGGAUCUAGUUUGCUGCACGAUAUGCAGGUACUUUGUUGGUGGCGGAACUGCCACCUGAGCCGUUCAGAUGAUGGUGGUGGUCCGGAAAUCCGGCUGCCAGAUCAGGUGCUCGUGUCCAGCAUCACCCAUACUCAUCGCAUCCGCAGCAGAACAUCUUGGCUGGAUGAGAACGGCAAUUUAGUCGAGUGGAAUCGGUGGUAUCGUGUAUGGUAUCCGCGGUGUAAUGGCCACUCGGUCACGGGGGAUGACCCGUAUGGCCCGUAUGGCCCCCCGUUCGCCUGGGCGUUCUGGAUCUGCGUGAUUUUCCUCCUGCUCGUCGAAGUCUGCGUACCACCCGGACGACCCUCCGAACUAAUCCUCCUGGCGACUGCAUUGCAACCCGCGAGGUCAGUCAAUGCCUCCUUCAUAAACCCACCGCGCUCCUCCGUGAGCUAUGUACUCGACGGCAUAAAGGGGUAGGAACCACACCGUAUGACUGCAGGACAAGGAUUCCGCCCCAGCUGAACCACGGAAAACCUUGUCUUAACCUGCCGGAACAUCUCCGCGGGACGAUGAAGACAUGAACGGUGUCCCACCAGAGGGGAGGCUCUCUGUCUAGAAUGC